AUGUUGGGUAUUUUUACAGUAGUAAUCACUUUUCAUCAACAAAAUGUGAGUAAACAACAACGACUCGAAGAUCGUCAACUAGCUCGUGAACAACGCGAACAAGAUCUGAACCUUUCAAGCCUUCAGCGUGCACAAGACAAAGUAGAUGCGCGACUUCAACGAGAACAAGAUUUGGCUCUCGCACGCCAGCAACGCGAAGAAGACCAACGACGGCGUGAACAAGACCUGAAUAUAUCCGAAAUUCAGCGAGAAGAACAGCGUAUACAACGCUUACAAGAUCUCAAGAUAGCUCAAGCAAAACUAGAUCAAGAAAAGAAUUUGACGCAAGAGCAACAUCGUAAUAGUGAACGAUAA